AUGUCUUGGCCGUCUAGUGCCACGGCUUUGCCGCCACAAUAUCCAGCCACGUACUCGGGGAUCCCAGAGAGGCUCUUGCACAAAGCCAUCCGAGAGAAGUCAAGGCUAUGGAAGAACCAAACCAAGGAAGACCAAACCCCGAGGGAAAGAGGCCUGGCCAUCCCUGCCGGGAUUGGGCGUUCGGAAUUCCUCAAGGCAUUGGACGAGUUGACGACAACCCUCGGAAAGGAGCACGUCGUCUUGAACGAUCAACCACUUGAGGAUGGAUGGUAUUUGGAGCAACCCAACACGCACGAUUCGUACAUGAUCAUGGAUGCGGAAGAGACAGUUUCGUCAGCUUGUGUCUAUCCAGGCAGCGUGGAAGAAGUCCAGCUUGUGGUGAAAUGGGCAAACCAACACCUUGUCCCGCUAUAUCCGAUCUCCAUGGGACGAAACUUGGGAUAUGGUGGUGCCGCACCGCGGGUACGUGGGUCAGUCAUUGUCGACCUAGGAAGACGGAUGAACAAGAUCUUGGAUAUCGAUCCAGAUGACUGCACUUGUCUGGUCGAGCCGGGGGUGUCGUUCUACGCGCUGUACGAGGAGAUCAAGAAGAGAGGAUAUACCAUGUGGGUGGAUACGCCAGAUCUCGGCGGUGGCUCAAUCAUUGGAAACACUCUCGAACACGGAGUUGGCUAUACGCCAUACGGAGAUCACUGGUCGACUCAUUCGGGCCUGGAAGUCGUUCUUCCCACAAGCGACCUGCUCAGAACUGGCAUGGGGGCUCUCCCUGGCAACAACACCUGGCAGACGUUCCCUUAUGGAUUUGGACCGAUAUCAGACGGGAUAUUUUCCCAGUCGAACUUUGGGAUUGUCACAAAGAUGGGCGUUGCCUUGAUGCCAGACCCCGGCGGCUGCGAGAGUUUCAUGUAUACGUUUCAGCGCGAAGAUGACCUGCUGCCGUUGAUUGAUAUUGUUCGGCCGCUGAGAAUCGCCAACUUGCUCGAGAAUGUCGCCCAGAUCAGACACAGCACCAUCGAACUGGCAGUUUCUGGCCUUCCGCGCUCGCAUUAUUAUAAAGGCACCGGCCCCAUACCUGAAGAAGUUCUGCAGUCCCACCUGGAGGCAACGCCGCUUGGCCGAUGCUCCUGGAUAUACUAUGGGACCUCCUACGGGCCUGAGAUUAUUCGAAAAUACAAACUGGAUAUUGUCCAUCGAGAAUUCACCAAAAUCCCAGGUGCCAGAAGGAUCGAUCCCCAGACGCUACCAAAGGACCACUACUUCUGGUCGCGGGCCAAAAUUGCUGGGGGCGAACCAGACUUUGAAGAGCUCUCGUACAUGAACUGGGUAACUAACGGCGGCCAUCUGGGGUUCAGCCCUGUCUCGCCAACCCGGGGGCCGGACGCCCUGAAGUUGUGGAAGAUAGCCAAGACAAGGCACGAUGAGCACGGAGUUGAUCUCUUUAUCGCAUUUUGCGUGGGGCUGAGGGAGCUCCACAUGAUCAAUCUCAUAGUCUAUGACCGAGGCAGCCCCGAGAGGAGGAAGGCCGUCGAGAAGUGCAUGCGGUCGAUGAUCGAGGACGCCGCGAAACAAGGCUACGGAGAGUAUCGUACCCAUCUUCUCUUCCAGGACCAAGUCGCCCGGACGUACAACUGGAACGACAACGCUCUCAUGAAGUUCAACGAGAAACUCAAGGACGCCCUCGACCCUAACGGGAUACUUGCACCAGGGAGGUGUGGCAUCUGGCCGGAGCGCUACCGAGACCGAGGCUGGGAGAUCGGCAAGGAAGGGAGAGAAACUUCUGAAGGGGGCGUCCGACCGGCCGGAGCAAGUGUGAAGCUAUGA